CCGUAUUGUUCGCGGCACCGGACUAGCGCUAGAGCGGACACACGAUCCGCGGCGGGCGGCGUUAAUUCGCGCGAUGCAAAAAUUUCACGCCGCCGUCCGCGUUACGUAAAAAUAGUAGGAGUCGCGCGCGUAUCGACGGCGGCGGUUCGGGCACGCGACAUUCGCCGACUCCGCGGCACAGUCGGCAUCUCAUCGGCCUGUAGAGACAUUACGACAACAACAACAACAACAACAACAUCACCACCGACACUGUAUAGACAAUCCUAUAAAAUAAAAAUCAACAACAGUCGUCGCCGCAGUGUGUUUUUUAAAGUGAUCAAAAAAUUAUAUUAAAAUAUAUUUUAUAUCGUUUUGAUAUAAGGACAGAAUUUUUUUUUGUUUUUAACGACUUUAUCGUGCACGUGUCGAUCGCAUCGGGCGCCGGAAAAGUUCGGAGAGAGGAGAAUCGCAGUCGCCUCUGUACGCACAAUAAACGGACAGAAUUCUUUCGAUCUUUUCGUUUCCAUAUUUUUGUACAUACUGCAAACAAUAUAUAUAUCGCAAUAAUAUUUUCCGAGUGUUUCCGAAGAUACGGUUCGUUUUUCCGUCCGCCUCGUCGCGAUAGCCGUUUUUCAUCAGUGCGUCUACACGUGACAACCGCAGCAGCAGCAGCCGCCGCCGAUGAGACCUGGUGGUGCCAAGGUAUCCUCCAUAGGUGGGCACCCCGCGAUACUUGAAGGGUCAUGAAAAAUUCCUUCAAGACGUUAUGGAACACCUGGCAAUGGGGAUGUGGCCGAACUAUCAUGUCCGCCGUGGCAGCCCAUGUCAAUUCAAUUUCCGUGGGCAUGUGUCAGGGGUUCUCGGCAGUACUCCUUCCGCAACUCCUCGACUCCAACAGUUCCAUUUUAGUAAACAACGUGGAAGCGUCGUGGAUAGCCAGUUUAGGGGUUAUAUCGAACCCUCUAGGAGCGUUGAUGUCCGGUGUUUUCAUGCAGACCUUAGGGAGAAAAACAACAGUUCAAUUGACAUCUAUACCGUUCUUAAUUGGUUGGACAAUAAUUGGAUUGUCUACAGACAUAACGUUUUUAUGUUUGGGUCGAUUCAUAUCAGGAGUCGCUAUCGGCAUGUCGUCGGCUUGUUACGUUUACGUGGCAGAAGUGAGCUUGGCUAAACACCGAGGUGUGCUGUCGUCGUUCGGGCCGAUUUUCGUGUCGAUCGGAGUGCUGAUCGUCUACUCGCUGGGCUCGAUCAUGCCGUGGCAGGUGGUCAGCAUCCUGUGCGCACUAACGUCGUUCCUGAGCUUCCUGUCGGUGAACCUGACGCCCGAGUCGCCGUCGUGGCUGGCGUCCAAGGGCCGCGUUGCGGACGCCGGCAAGUCGCUGAUGUGGCUGCGCCGGAAACCGUCGCUGGCCGACAAGGAGCUGGCCGAGAUCCUGAACAACCUGGCCGACGGCAACAACGGGUCCUCGUCCGCGCCCACGCUCCGGGACUUCGCCGCGCCCGCCGUCUGGAAACCGUUCCUGAUCCUGGUGUGCUUCUUCGUGCUGCAGGAGGCCAGCGGCAUAUACAUAAUACUGUACUACGCCGUAAACUUUUUCCAAGUGGCCGGCUCGACGGUGGACAGCAACGUGGCGUCGAUCGCGGUCGCCGUGCUCCGGCUGGUCAUGAGCGUCACCGGGUCCGUGUGCAUACAGCACGUGAACCGCCGGACGAUGGCCAUGGCGUCGGCCGUCCUGAUGGCCGUGUCGAUGGCCGCGUGCGGCGCGUACGAGUCGGCGUACGGGCCGCUGCUGGUGGACGCCAGGCCGUACGGCUGGGUGCCGCUGGCGUGCAUCCUGUUCAACGUGAGCGUCAGCAUGCUGGGAAUGGUGCCGCUGCCGUGGAUGAUGAUCGGCGAGCUGUUCCCGCUCAAGGUCCGCGGCAUAAUGGGCGGCCUGGUGCCGUCGCUGGGCUACUUCUUCAUAUUCGUCACGGUGAAAAUGUCGCCGAGCCUGAUGACCGCGCUGGCCACCGACCAGAUCAUGUGGCUGUUCGCGGCCGCCGCCGCGCUCGCCGCGUGCUUCGUGGCCGCGUUCCUGCCGGAGACCCGGGGCAAGACGCUGCUCCAGAUCGAGAAGCUGUUCAGCAGCGGCGACCGCGACGCCACGCACAAGGGCGCCGCGGUGUACGCGGAAAAGAAGAAGUUCAAGCCCGGCGAUCCGGCCACCGCGGUGUACACCAUCAGUUCGUUGGUGGACGCGUGUCACAAACUGCCGCCGGUGCGACCGCCGCCGGGCAUAUAGGCGCGCCACUUUCGCCGCGUGUGGUGAAAAUCUACAGCGCCUAUAUGAUGAUGAUGAUGAUGAUAUAUAUAUGAACUCUGAUCAAAACGAUUUCGCCGGUGCCUACAUAUAUAUACAUAGACGUGGACUGACGGGUAACUAAAUCAUAUUUUUGUGCGAUGCGUUGCGCACGCGGAUCGGUUAGUGGGUAUAUAUACGGUGUGCACGGGGACGUGUUCGACCGCCUGCGACACACCGCUGCGCGUGUUGCGACGAUUUGCUCGGUUUUGCGUUCGCGCGCACGACGUCGUUUUAGUAUAUUAUACGAUAGCGACGGUUAAGCAUAUCGCGGAAAGAAGAAAUCCGUCCGCACGACAAUAAUAUUAGCGUGUUAGCAUAACGGCGUUAUGGCAAUCCGAUUUUUUUGUAUACCCGAGUCGCGGUAUCGGAGGUAAUAUCCGAUUCGCUUCUUUGGGUAUAACCUGCAGCUAUAGGUAUAUAUUAUUAUAGGUAUACAUCACUGCACUGCCCGUGACUUAUUAUGUAACGGAUACGAAUUGAAAAAACGUAGUCGUCUUAAGGAUCACGUCCUGUCAGUCAAUUAAUCACGCGCGCACAAAGAUAUUUACACUUGUUUUUUAUUAUAAUUAUUAUUUUAAUUAUUUGUUUUUUUUGUUUGUCGACAUCAACUAAUAUACCGUAGUUAUGAAGACAUAAUAAUAAUUGAGUGUAAUUGCUCCUAUAUUGUAUAUUUUUAUAUUUUAUAUAAAUGGCGUUAAUGGACUUAAUGAGAGAACUGGUAAUGUAUAUAUAUAUAUUAUAUCUUACCGUGUUACCUAUAUGUAUAUACCACCUAUUAUAUAGUACGGCUAUUGUACACAUCAUACCAUGCAUGACAGCGACAUAUGUGAUCGAAAUCAAAUAACACAACAACUACUGUAGUUGUUGUUUUAUCCCUGUAUAAUUAAGUAUUUAUCAAAUUAUUUAUUCUAUAAUUGUAUUGCCUAAAUUGUAAAUAAAACAAACUUGUGAUAUUAUUUUAUUAUUAGGCGAAUUGUGUAAAAUCAAUUAGUGUUGUAUUAUGUACAUUUUUUUAUAAAAUAAUUUAUUAACUGUAUUAUAUAUUGAUAAAAAUACAGUA